UAUCCAAGGAGCAUUUGGAGAAGAGUUCAGUCACCAUGGCCAGUGAGGAUUGUAAAACUGUUGCUCCCAUAAAGAUGGCCGUGAGGAGCGUCACCAAAGCAUCUGACAUCAGGGAAGACAAUGCUUUGUUCUUGCAGCCAUACAGUAACUGGGAACAGUUCCUAAUGCCUGGCCCACUCUCUGUGGCCAUUUUAGGUGAAAUAAUAUUCCUUUCCGCAGGAGAAGACUUUGCAAUUGACAAGGGUAUGCCCAAGGAAGGAUUUAAGUUCAUUAAAUAUCCCAAAUCAUUCCGUACCUCUUUAGUGCAAGUGAGCAAUGAGGGCUGGGAGGCUUUUCAGAUAGCUCACAAGAACAUGGACCAAAUCCGGCUUCUCUCUGUGACAGUCCCGACUGACAUGAAGGAUGUUGUGAAGUUCCUCAUGCAGAAGAAUCCAAAGUACACUGAAGAUUUCCUCCCGAUCCCUCUGAACAGCAUCAAAUCUACUGCAGAUAAAUGCUUGAUGCUUUCCACGGCUGUGGAGGAGAAAUUUAAUGCAGUCAUCCGUCUGAUCAAUGAACUACUGGAGGCCUGUACAAGCUCCAAAGGAGAUUAUGAUAAACAAUUACAUGAAAUACAAUUUGAAAAGGAACGUGCUGCAAUGCAGGAGGAAGCAUCUAAAGAAAGAAAAGCCAUGAUAGAAGAACAUCAUCAAAAACUGGAAGCCCAAAUGAAGGAAGCAAAGGAAGAUUACAAAGCCAGCAUGGAUUCCAUACCUGUUGGCUGGGAUGCUGUGAACAUGUCUAUGGCAGAAACACUUGUGAAUGGUGUCAGUGCAUUCAUCAGUGGAAGCGUGAUGAAGGCUAUUUUCUCUAGAGAAAGCAGUAAUAUAUGUCAUAAUUCCAGUUCAAGGAAUGAUCAUAACACCAAUCCGAAUUCUGCGGAAGGAGUUGAGAAUGAUAUCAUUUAUAAAGCAGAGACACUACAAAAUGUUAUACAAAAUAUUCAGCCUUUCCUGAGCACGGGUAAAACAAUUAACUUGAGUAAGUUGAACGGUGCGGAUGGUGCUGACAUUUUAAGCUUUUGUAAACAAAGCUUGGAUGGUUUGCAGCAGAAAGCAACAGAUGGAAUGGACUGCAAAGAGAAGCACACAGCAUUGAUGAUCUGUGAAGCAGGAAUUGGAAUAUGUGAGGAGCUGGUAACAAUGGGAAAGUCUAAACAAGCUGACAUAAACAAAAUGGCUGAUCUAGCUGUGAAGAUCAAACAAGUGAUGCAGAAAUCAAUUACAUUCACCUCUCUUAGCAAGGGAAAGACAGGAUCCAUGGGGUUAACUGCCAGUCCACCACACAUUGCUACAGCUCAGCCAGCAGAGGGACUCAGUGGUGUACAGACAGCCAGUCUCAAUGCCAGAAUCAAAGUGGAACAGUCUGCAGCACAGCUACGAGCCUCACAGGAGAUGUAUGAGAAAAGCUUUGAGAAUAUAAAGGAGAAUAACAAAGAACUCCAACAGAUCCUGGAGACUCUGAAGCGUUGUAAUGUUCAGGAAAUAGACUUUAAUACAACUGUGGAGAUGCUCCUGAAGGGAUUGGAUGCAUUAGGCCGUGUGAAGGAACAAUGGGGGAAGAUGGUGCUCUUCUUCACCAUGAUGUCAAACCUGAUCGAAAGCUCACUGAACCCAUCACUUCUCAAAUUCACGCAGUACAGUGAAAAGAUUUCUGGCUAUUCACCGAACCAGCUGACACAGGAUCUAUUGUACACACAGAUCUCUCAUGCCACCAACAUUGCGAGCCUUGUCCACAUGAUUGCUGAAACCUACGUACAGGUCUCCACCCACCACCUGAUGGACCGAGUCAACAGCCUGGGGAAAUUACUGGGACUCGACCCAAAUCGGGACAAAAUUAAGUUUGAUCGGGAACAUGAGAAGUUUGGAUCAGACUGCGAUGAAGCAUCAAAAGCCAUAGAGGUUCUUGUUCAGAAGAACAAGGACCAAUAUAAAAAACGUGUGCAGGCGAGAAUAGAUGCCCUGAAUAACAGUGUGCAGGCCUCGCUAUCCCCAGCCACUCCAGAAGAAAUUAAAGAAAUUCAAGAUGCCGUGCAAGGAGGCAUCCAAGAGGGAUUUGUGGAAACAGCAGAGGAAGUUAUUAAUGAUUUUUACUGA